AUGGCUUCCUGUUCUCUUUCUUCCGCAAUCUGCCCUCGAGAAAAGCAUGACUUUCAAGAAAAAUAUGAUGUGUUCCUCAGUUUUAGAGGUAAAGACACUGGCAAUACAUUUGCUAGAUAUCUUUAUGGAGCUUUAUGUGCAAAGCAAACCUCAACUUUCAUGGAUGAUCACGGAAUUGAGAGAGGAGAUGAAAUUUCGCCCACAUUUAGCGAAGCUAUCGAGGAAUCUAAAAUUUCGGUAAUCAUUUUCUCGGAAAACUAUGCUUUCUCCACAUGGUGUUUGGAUGAACUGUUGCAAAUUCUUGAAUGCAAGAAAAACAAUGGGCAGAUUGUUAUGCCAGACUUUUAUGGCAUAGAUCCUUCGGUCAUACGAAAACAGAACGGGAGUUAUGGAGUUGCAUUUGCUGAACUUGAGCAACGUUUCAAGGAUAGAAUGGAAAAGGUGCAACAAUGGAGGGACGCUUUAGCAGAAGCAUCCAAUCUAUGUGGCUUCGAUUCAAAGGCUUUCAGACCUGAGGCAAAGUUAGUUCAAAAAAUUGUAGAAGAUAUUUCAUUGAAAUUGCCAGACUACCCUCCUUCAAAUGAGCAUUAUAAGGGGUGCCUCAUGGGAAUUGAAAAACAUAUCAAGGAAAUUAAAUCAUUAUUAUGCAUUGGCUCAAUAGAUGUUCGUAUUAUAGGUAUUUGGGGCAUGGGAGGUAUUGGGAAAACCACCCUUGCUAGUGUUGUAUAUCAAGAGCUAUCAUAUUCUCAGUUUGAAGGUUGCUCUUUUCUUCCGAAUAUUAGGGAAGAAUAUGCAAGAUGUCGACCAAAUCAUUUGAGAAAGAAGCUUCUAUCUGAAUUAUUAAAUGAUGUAGCUAUUUCAAAAAUGGAUACCCCAUUUGUAGCUUCACCAUAUAUUACUGACAAACUUCACCAUAAAAAGGUACUCAUAGUUCUGGAUGAUGUGGAUGACUUAAUUCGAUUAGAUUCUUUAGUUGAAGGUUAUGAUCAACAUGCUCCUGGAAGUAGAAUUAUUGUUACAAACAGAAAUGUGCAAAUGGGACAAAAAAUUGUUUGUGAUGGACAUACAGAACCUGGUGAUCGUAGUAGGCUUUGGGAUGUUAAGGAUGUUUGCCACUUAUUGGAAAGAGAUACUGGAACUGUAGCAGUUGAAGUCAUAUCAUUCAACAUGUUCAAAAUGACUAGAGAUGUAAAAAUGUGUCGUGCAGCCUUAUCGAAGACGACACCAAUAGAAACAUUGCACUUGUCAAUUAUGAGUCUUUCUGGUCUUGUUGAAUUAGAUUUGUGUAAUUGCAAACAACUUAAAACUCUUCCAACAAGCAUUUGGAAGGUGAAAUCUCUUCAAUCAUUCUAUCUGACUGGUUGUGUAAAACUGGGAAAGUUUCCUGAAAUCUCAGAGCCUAUGGAACACUUGACAAGUCUUUGGUUACAUGAAACAGGGAUCAAAGAGUUACUGAAGUUCAUUGAUAAUCUAAUUCCCCUCGAAUCGGUAGACCUAAGACGUUGCAAGGAAAUUGAAUUUCUCCUAGACAAGUUGUCUGAUUUGAGGAAACUAAAGUAUUUGCUCCUCAAACAUUGUUCGAAACUUCAAGAAUUGCCUCCUUUAGCACCUGCUUUGUCAUCAUUGUCGGUUGAAGAGUGUGAGAGCUUGAAAUCAAUACCAGACCUUCCACUAUUUUGUACAUUAUUGGAAGGAAAAUAUUGCUUGGCCAGCUGA